AUGGUUGUCAUGUUUGCCGCAGACAGGGUUGAAAUUUCAAACUUCAUUAUGAUGAAUGGAACUCAUACUGCCGAAGGAAAUGGCAUAGCCCAAAUACAUGACAAUGCUUCAACUAAAUCAUGGCUUGAGCAAGUAAAGAAUAGAUACAGAUCUUCGCCUCCAAAGUGGCAAAUCUCUACAAAGGUUUGCAUUUAUAGGGUUCCUGAACCCAUGAGAAUUUCUAAACCCGAAGUCUAUGAUCCUUUUGUUGUAUCUUUGGGCCCUUUCCAUUACAAAAUGAAUCCUAAACUAUCUACAGUGGAUGAGCAUAAGCUAAGAGCAGUUGACAUAACAUUGGCAAGGCUCAACAUGAAUGUGGUUGAGUUGAUUCAUGAUAUUGGAGAGUUCGAGUAUCAAAUUAGAGAAUGUUAUGAAGAACCAAUUGAUUGGGAUGCAGAAACGUUAUCAUGGGCGUUCGCAAUGGAUGCUUGCUUUAUCCUUGAAUUUUUGAAAGGGUCUACCAGGACGGAAAACCAGAGUAACAUGAAUCUUUUUAGCCUUGUGUUUCAAAAUCUUCCUCAAAAAAAUGUGAUGUAUCAUGGUAUAAUCAAUGACAUUAUGAAGAUGGAAAAUCAAAUUCCUCUGUUUAUCAUCAAUUACCUACUGAGGAAAGAGUUCGGAAGCAAUGAUAGGGCAGAAGAGGAGUUAUGCUUCAUACUGUUUGCCUCGAAACUGUUCGAAGGAUUUCCAUUCUGUUCCCCAUUCGCUAGUAGGAGAACGGUGGAGGAGCGACUUAAGGAACUGACGAAUCAAAUACAUAAAAACCCAGUUCACCUACUCGAUUUAUAUCGAAUGGUGAUCGAGGAUCUUCUUAAACCUCCAAGUACGGAAUCAGUUUCUCAAGCUGAAUCUGAUAACACUCUGCUAACACGGUCUCCAUAUGACCGGAGGAACCCAGCUUCUAUUGUUGAAUUUAGUGACACUUCUGAGGCUAGGAACAGGAACAUGAAUAUCCCACUUACUCCGUCAUUGUGUUCUUCAGAUGAUAGCAGGUGUACCCUUUCUGCCGAAUUAUUACAGACAGCAGGUAUCAAAUUUGAACCAGGCCAAAUCAGUUUUAGAAAGGGAACAUUUGGAAAAAGUACUCUUUCCCUCCCUCAAAUAAUAGUGGAUGACAGCACAGUAACAUUGUUGCGGAACGUGAUAGCGUAUGAGGAGUCUCAAAGAUGUUCAUGGGAUCCUAAAGAUACAGUAAUUUCACAUUUUUUAGUUUUGUUAAAUUAUCUAGUUGAUUCAGCGAAAGAUGUUUCUAUACUUCGAAAGGCUGGAGUCAUUUUGAGCUUGGCCUGCAGCGACAAAGAUACAGCUUGCAGAUUUAACAAUAUAACUGGAGGAAUCACAGUUGGAACAUACGAAGGAUUCGAGAAAAUAAUGGAAGAAACAAGAAAACAUUACAACAGUCGAAUGAAUAUGUGGAUAAGCCAAUUUCAGGAACAUUGUUCAAAGCCAUGGUAUGUUGUCUCUAUUGCAGCGGGGAUACUUCUUUUGGUUAUGCCCGUUCUGCAAACUGUGUACACAGUCUGGAUUUAG